GGAUUGGCUGAGCCGGGCGCUGAGGCUUCGGGCGGGUGGGGCCCCUUAAAGGGGCCGCCAUGGGAGGCUUUGCGCGCUGCGCUGUAGCGUGCUGUGUCUGCUGGAAGCCGGCGCGACUCAGCCGAGAGCGGGAGAGGCGCAAGGGAAGGAGUGAGGCGCCCAGCCCUGGCCCGUAGGCAGGCGUCCGAAGCGGCGGGGCCGGGCUUGAUUGGCCGGACGGAGAGCUGCCUGCGGGAGGGCAGGGGAAAGAAUAAUAGAAUCAUAGAGUUGGAAGAGAUCUCAAGGGCCAUCAAGUCCAUCCUCCCUACGGCUCCCUCCGGGGGCCGGGACAUCUCCAGGGGUCAGCCGAGGGAGGGGCGAACGCGGCGGCGGCGUCGGAGGUCUGGGGCCGAGGGAGCGCCUGUGCCUUUAAGGCGGCCGGGGCGGGGAGGCUGCCCGGGCCCUCCCCCGCCGAGAAGAGCCGCGGCCUUCCGGCGCGCACGCAGUCCCCCCCCCCCCUCGCCGCCCGCUCGCCCCCGUCCCGGCCGCCAUGUAGCUGGCAGGCUCGUGCUGGUGCUGCUGCUGGUGCGAGGCUGGGGUGUUGCGGCGGCGAUGCGCCCCGGGGGCGGCCGCCGGUGCUGGUGCCGGUGCCGGUGGUGAGCGGGGCCGGCUGGUGCGCCAUGGAGCCGGAGCCGGCGGCGUCGGGCGGCCUGGGCUGGACGGCGCUGGUGGUGCUGUUCGGCGCCUCCCUGCUCACCGUCUGGGUCUGGCUGCUGCAGCUGGCGCGGGGCUUGUGGCGGGCCAGGGGCCGUGCGUGCUCCCGGGAGGCGGCCGCCGCCGGACUCUGGGCGGCCCUGCGGCGCCUGGGCUGGGCCCGGCAGGCCACCUCCGCCGCCGCCUCCGAGCCGGCCGGAGCCCGCGGCUUGCUGGCCGCGCUCUUCGCCUUCCGCGCCUUCCGCGAGAACUGGCGCCGAGCCUGGCUGCGCGCCCUCAACGACCAAGCCCGGCGACACGGGAGCUCCAUCCAGAUCACCUUUGAGAACAGCCCUCAACUACAGCCGGGAGUCAACAUCAGUCAUGUGAGCUCUGCUGACCAGUCACAGCGCAGCAUGGUGUUGCAUUGCCACCUUUCAGCUGAUGCGAUGCAGUUCCCCGUGUCGGUCACUCAGCAGUCCCCGGCUGCUGUUUCCAUGGACACCUAUCACAUCACUUUGGCUGUGCUGCAGGCCCAGCUGGUGAUCCAUCUGGAGGAGAUCCAGGACGAAGGCCUGCUGGUGUCCUGGGCCUUCAAGGAGAGACCAGACUUGAACCUGACCAUUGUACCCAAGUUCCAGCUACACGGGGACAGUGAUGGGAAGGUAGACCUGUCCAUCAUCAAGGACUUGAUUGAGGACUCAAUCAUCAGCACUCAGCCGGCCAUGAUGGUCAAUCUGGAGGCCUGCGUUGCCGGUGGGAAGGCGUCCUGCAGUAAGCAAACUCAGGGGUCCCCAUCCAGCACAGCAGCAACUCCCGUGCGUAAACUGCUGCUUCAGCAUCUGCGGGCCCUGCGCUUGGACUGUGAGGAUGCUCAAGAAAGCGGGCAGCUGUGCUGUGUGGCGGAACUGGACAGCCCUCGGCAGCGGAGGUGGACCACGGCUGUGCUGGCCGGCAGCUCCGGCCCCACCGGCCAAGUGGAGUGGGCUGACAAACUUAUUUUAGAGCUUGGCCCGGGAAGCAAAGAGCUGACGCUGAGUGUGUUCAGAAGCAGCAUUGCCAGCCAGGACACACUCUUGGGAUUUGCCACGGUCCCAUUGGAUUCCUCCUCCCAAGAGCUGCAUGGGCACCAACAGUUCCUACUGAAUCCCGGGGCUGGCAAGAGGUUGCCCCCUUCAGCGGCCCUGAUGGUGGAGCUGCUCUAUCAGGAGUCGCCAGAACUUCAGCCGGUGUCUGCACUGCGCACCAGCAUCACACCCACCAAAAAGAUUGAGAUGGACCGCACCAUCAUGCCUGACGGCACCAUUGUCACCACGGUCACCACUGUCCAGUCCAGGCCCAAGAUGGACUGCAAGCUUGAUUCACCCUCGAGGUCCCCCUCCAAGGUGGAAGUGACGGAGAAGGGGACCACCGUGCUUCCGGAGAACAGCUGCCCAAGCAGUGCUUCGCCCACUAGUAGCAGAAGCAGCCAUCUCUCCAAUGGCUUGGACCCCGUCGCUGAUGCGGCAAUCAGGCAACUGACAGACGCCACCAACAGACCGGUCAAGAAGACGCCGACCAAGCGCAGCACCCUCAUCAUCUCAGGGGUCUCUAAGGUGCCCCUUGCCCACGAUGAAAUGGCUCUGUCCCUGGGCUACGCGGCCUCGCUGGACGCUGCCCUCCACGAAGACUCCGUCAUGGCUAGCAUGCUGGACCACACGCAGAGCACCGCAGGGCAGGAGGCCUCUUACUCCGCCCACCGGGCCAGUCAGGAGCUGGAUGAGACCACCCGCUCCGACAUCUCGGAGAGACCCUCGGUGGAGGACGUGGAGUCGGAAACUGGGUCCACGGGGGCUCUGGAGACCAGGAGCCUGAAAGACCACAAAGUGACUUUUCUGCGGAGUGGCACCAAGCUCAUUUUCCGAAGGAAGAACAAACAGAAGGAAGCCGGCCUCAGCCAGUCCCACGACGACUUGUCAAAGGCCGGUGCAAGUUCAGCCCCCAGGAAGAAAUCUGGCAGCUUCUCCCGGCGACUCAUCAAGCGCUUUUCCUUCAAGUCCAAGCCGAAGGCCAACGGCAGCACCCUGGCCGCAGACAAGCCCUGAGCCUCUGCUCCCUGGAAGACUCUCCAGCAGACCCUCCGUCGACGCCUCCCCCACUCUGUCUUCGCAUCACGGCCUCCGUUCCUCUCCCCUCCCCUGAAAAGGGAGUGGCUGCCAGGGUCUGCCUGGGGGGGGGGGUCACAGUUGCUGUCUGGAGCUCUUGCCGUGGAGUGCCCACGAAUGCCCUGUCAUCCCUGUGUGGAGCUAACCUGGGCACUGUGUGGGAGAAGGAUGCACUCGCCACUUCAGCCUGAACGGGAGGCCCUGGGAGCGCGUGGCAGAGAAGGUGGCUUUGAGCGUGUAUCUGGAGUGCAGCUCCUCUCCCUCUUCUGGUGGGCACCGCUGCAGAGGGGAAGGAGGCCAGUGUUCCGGCUGAAGACAGGGACCUCCUGUGCGUGGAAACACCCGUCUUUUCACUCUCCAAGACUCCAGAGUGUUGCUUGUCUGGAGGGACAGCUCUGUCAACGGAGGAGCAUCCUGCCUGCCUGCCUGUGGCGCUAGCUCUUUGGGGUUUCAUCCUCCUUUGUCCCAGUCUGUGUCUGUGGAGCAUGAGAGGGGAGGCCGACCAAGUGGCCGGGGAGGGGGGAUGUCACAGAGAGCAUUCUAGGGUGGGUGGGGAGGGGCUGGGGCACAUCUCCAAGCCCCGGAGGGGCUUUUUUUGGAAUCCCUGUGCCCCGCACCCCAAGCAAGUAAGCAGUGUGGUGAGGGGAAAGAGGGGUGAAUCUGCUUUGAGUGGGCUGGUCCCAUUCUGCAGGUAGGUAUGGGGUGGGGGGAAGUGGGGGGGGGGCUCUGAUAAUGGGGAGACAAGCUCUGGGGUCACUCAAAAGGUCAAUUCUCAGGUUUUACAACAAUUGCAGGAGACGCUUGGUAGAGAGAAAAUGCCUUUCCUUUGGUGGGGGUGGGGUUUGACUGCAGGCAGUUUAAGGGGAUAGAUGGGCCUAGAAAAGCAGGUGAGGAGGGUGGGGUAAGUAAGCAGGCUGGGCUAAUUGCUUUAGAGCCCCAACCCCCCAGUUCUCUGUUUCUUGCCCUUGGGAGUACUUGCUGUUCCCUGUCCCUAACAGAGGCCAGCCACGGCAGAAGAGGGCAAGUGUGAGACAAACGGUUGUGUGAAAUCCUGCCGUGGGCUCUGCUGUGCAGAGGCACCCAAGGCUGCGCUGAAGCAUAAUCCAAGAUGAACUUCUCAAGGAAUGAAAACAGGAAAGGCUGGGGGAGGGUACGGGGGGGGGGAGAUUUGUGCUGGCAGGUGCUGGUGGGCUGAAUGUGUUUCGCAGCUCUGUAUGUGGAGCUGGUUUUUUCUGGCAGCAAGACGUGCACUGGGGCACCCGAGAGGCCAGACACACUGCUCUCCGAGAGAAGGAAAGCAGGGAUGAAUUGCACAGACUCCUCCAGCUGCCCCUGUCCUGCUCCCCUCGCAGUGGAAAGGUGGUCCCUGGGGCACCCUCUGGCUGAGCCUGAUCCACGCAGCUGUGGCUCUCCUUUGGCUGAGGGGUGACGGGAAUGGCAGCUCCACCAGCAGCCCUCCGCACAUGAGCACAGGGACCACCUUUUCCAUAGGAAUGAGUCCAGUUGAAGCACGGCAGAUUCCUGCUUGCCAGCCUGUCCCCAGCCACUCCAACUGGGAGCAGCUGGGUCAGGUGCUUCCAUUCUGAAGCGGAGUAAAGCCAGGGUGGGUUUGGAGGAUCACACCCUUGGCAUCGUUAUCCCCAUUUCCUUUAAGGCCCUUGCUUCAGCGGGUAUCGGGGGCUUCCAGGCAGGCUCUUUGGGGGUCCCCCAGCUGUGGCUUGCAAGGGAAAGGAAGGUCUGUAGUUGCACCAGGACCCCGGAGGCCACUGCGCACUACCUGCAAACUUGAUGGCUGCCGAGACCAGCUUCAACCCAUGCGGGCGGGUGGGCAUUGCUGCCAAACGGCGCGGUUGACGAAGCCAUCGGCCUCUUCCCAAUUUGCAGCCAGUCUAAAUAUGCUUUGCCGCCUUUUCACAGGGAGCGGUGGGGGCCCAGAGGCGAGGGGUUGCCCGGAUCCCUCCGCCUGAGGGCUGCUGCGUCCAGAAGAGUUGGGGUCUGACCCGCAGUGCAGCACAGGUGCCAGAGGGAGGAUGUUCUUGUUCAUGUUACAGGCAUCACCACCAAGGUGGGGGUGCGGGGAGCUGUCUUUGGCUCAGGUUCAGUGAGCCUCCUGUGGGAAAGGAGCACUGGGAUGUAUUUUCAUACAAGCCUCGAGGAAGCCAGCAAAGAAUGUGAGCCUCUGAGAAGGAACCCCCCCCCCCCCCCCGGGAGGCAUGACUCCGACCUCGUCUCUCUGCCUGCGGAGGAGAAAGAGCUUGUUCUCCUGUUCCCUUUUUUGUCAAGGGGGGGUGGUGCUGAGAGGGCUUCUCAGUCUUCUAUCCAAGGCAGCGUGGAAGCGCAGUGACCUCGGGCCCCACACUGAGCAGGUGUGCUUGGAGGGGAAGAGCUGAUGGCGUCUUUUGACCUGCAAGGUCCUGUGAAGUGGGGGGGGGGGUUGGGCUGUGUCCUGGGCAGCAAAGGCCGUGCCGGAGUUUCCAGGCAGGUGGCACCCCUCCUGCAGCGUCUCUCGUGGCUCAGAGUCGGGGAGUAGGGACAGAGCAGAGGCCUCGUGGCUGCCGUGACAUCUUGUGGUGGGUGGGUGGGGGUGCACCUGUUGCUCUGGCAGUCUUCUCCUGGCCAGCAGGGUCAAGGGGAGCAUGGAGCUCUGGGAUGGGUGAGCUGCUGUCGCCCCUCCCCUACUUAUGUGUGACCCCCACCCCACCCCUUCACAGUGCAGCUGUUGUGCCCCCUUUCUUCACUGGUGCAGCUGCUGGACCAAAUCCCCAAACUGAGCCUGACCUGAUUCCCCCUUCCCCCCCCCCAAAGUGGGGGGGGGGCUCUUCUGUACCCGAGGCCUUUUCUGUGGGUGAAUUAUUGUAACCCCAGGUCAUUUAGAUCAAAAGAAAUAGGACUUGUGUAGAUAUUUAAAGGACUAGAGUUUUAAAAAGUAUUUAAAUCAUGAUUGUGACACUCUGCACCUUUGUAUAUGUUGGGAGAGUUCCACUUGCUGUGUGGCCUUUAACUUAUUAAAGAACAUGGGAACGAUGCGCUCUG